UGGGCUCUUCUAAUCCUGGUCACAUAGCAUUCAUGCGGCAGACUGAAGUCCAGGAUUACCUAAGACCAUCCAGAAUCCAAGCCUGGGACUACAAAUCUUGCCUCUCACCAGUGUUUGGAGACAUUGGUGCGACAGAGAGAAGUGCUGCUCCUCCUGACUUGUUCCUGACUUCUUCCUGCUACAACUUCACCUGAGUGUCCUGCUCCCAUCCUUGUGAUAUGUUGGACAUGGGGGAGAGAAAAGAAGUCAAAAUGAUGCCCAAGUCAUCCUUCAGCAUCAACAGCCUGGUGCCUGAAGCGGUCCAAAAUGACAACCACCCUCAGCCUCCUCAGCACCACCACCACCAUCACCACCACCACCACCACCCGCUUCUCAACCAGCCUCAACCCCACCACCGUGUUGUGCAGGAGGAGGACGACCUGGACAAAAGUCUCCUGGAGGUCAAGACUGAGAGCCUCCCCCCUGGUAAGGUGGACCCUGCUUCUUCUGAGCUGGUUGUUGGGGACCCCGAAAAGGACAAACCUGAAGAGAAGAAAGGAGACGCUGCUGGGGCCAAAGAUGGGGAGGCUGGCAAGGAGGGCGAUAAAAAGAACGGCAAAUAUGAGAAGCCCCCCUUCUCUUACAACGCCCUCAUCAUGAUGGCCAUCCGCCAGAGUCCGGAGAAGCGCUUGACCCUCAAUGGGAUCUAUGAGUUCAUCAUGAAGAACUUUCCCUACUACCGGGAGAACAAGCAAGGCUGGCAGAACUCCAUCAGGCACAACCUCAGCCUGAACAAGUGCUUUGUCAAGGUACCCCGGCAUUACGAUGAUCCUGGCAAAGGUAACUACUGGAUGCUGGACCCCAGCAGCGAUGAUGUCUUCAUUGGUGGCACCACUGGCAAGCUGCGCAGGAGAUCUACCACGUCCAGGGCUAAGUUGGCAUUCAAGCGAGGGGCCAGGCUCACCUCCACUGGACUGACUUUCAUGGAUAGAGCCGGCUCCUUGUACUGGCCUAUGUCCCCCUUCCUGUCUUUGCAUCACCCAAGGGCCAGCAGCGCUUUGAGCUACAAUGGAACCACCUCAGCUUACCCCAGCCACCCCAUGCCCUACAGUUCUGUAUUGACUCAAAACUCUUUGGGGAACAACCACUCCUUUUCUUCGUCCAAUGGCUUGAGCGUAGACAGACUUGUCAAUGGGGACAUCCCCUAUGCCACCCACCACCUAACAGCCGCUGCCCUGGCUGCCUCAGUGCCAUGCGGGCUACCAGUUCCUUGCUCUGGGACCUACUCCUUAAACCCUUGCUCUGUGAACCUUCUAGCUGGACAAACGGGCUACUUUUUCCCCCACGUCCCCCACCCUUCCUUAACUUCCCAAAGCACGUCCAUGACAGCCAGGGCUGCCUCUUCUUCCACCUCUCCCCAGGCUCCUUCCACCCUUGCCUGUGAAUCCCUCAGACCUUCUUUGCCAACUUUUACCACGGGACUAACGGGAGGACUGUCUGAUUACUUUACACAUCAAAAUCAGGGUUCAUCUACCAACUCUUUGAUACAUUAACCUCUAGGAGAGCAAGACUGUAAGUGAACAUUUUACACACUUUCAAUUGUACAUGAAAACUGAAAGAAAAAAAAACAAACAAAAAAAAAAGCAAGCGAACAAAAGACAAAAAAACCUUAAAAAAAGACAAGUCCAGGUAUUUUUUAUGAAGUCCCCCUUAUUUUUGUGUACGUCUGUUCAGUCUCUAGGGUUCUUUAUUAUUAAGAUGAGGCGUGGUGUCAAAGUGAAAGCAAUGUAGGAGCACACUGACCUCUGGGAAUCAAAAAAGAUGUUUUUUUUUCUUUUUUUUUUUGAUGCUAUAGAAUGUAUAACUGAUCUCUACAUAGCGACUGCUUUGCAUUAUUUGUUACUCAGUACCAUUACUUGUUAUUCAGUACAAUUCUAUCACUUCUAGUAGCCAGGAAUUCAUGUCUGCAGUAUUACAAGUCAUAAAGCUCUUAAAAGUUCAAAACUGCUAAAAAAUAAUUUACUCAAAACUAUAAAAAAAAAAUCGUAUUUAUGUUAAUGAAAAGUCCAACUGCAUAGUUCUUUUUGCCCACUUAUUUUGGAUCAUUACACCAUAACAACAAAAAAAAAAUGGGUAUUUUAUUUUCUUUUGUUUACUUUUAGACCAAAGAUUGGGAUAUAGAUGAAUGCAGAAUGUACUGAUCUAUGUAACAAUGACAAUCAUAUUUCUACAACAAUUCACCUUUUAGCCUGCAGCAUUGUCCGUUGCAAACAGAAAAAACAAAAGAGAAAAAAAGUACAAAAUCUAAUUAUUAUAAAGUAAGUUUGAGGGGGACAAACUGAAUACUGCCUUCAAUUUGUGUUGUGUAUAUUAUGGUGUAUGUGCUCACUAACCGGUCGGUCAAACUUUUUUUUUUUUUUUUAUGUAGUGAAACGUUUUAAAACCGAUUGUACUUCUAGGUAAUCCUUGCAAAAACUAUGUAUAACCCGUGUUGAGUAAAAAUGCAUACAACUGAGUGAUUGUUAAUUGUCUUAAAAAUUUCUUGAUUGUGAUAAUGUGGUCAUAUGCCCGUGUUUGUCACUUAUACAAAUGUUUACUAUGGAGACACAGAAAUAAAAAAUAGGCCAAAUUCAUAUA